UUUUUUUAGCUUUUACGCGAAUGGUCACGCCGUCAGUUGUCUUGAAAAUUUUAACAAAGUCGCAAGUGUCGAGUGUCCGCAGUUGUCUUGCAUCGGAAACACAAAAUAAAAUAAAUAAAUCAAAAUCGAUAAAAAUCAAAGCCGCUCUUCCUGCGGCCUACAAAACGGUGUGGAUAACAAGCACCCAACUCAACACCAACAAAAAAUAAAACACAUUCAAAAGCGCCGGCAACAAAACAGCUUUUAAAUUUCGUUUCUCCAAGAUGUCCAAAUAUUCGGGCAAAAAAUGUCGCCUGCUCUCGAUGAUGUGGCUAACGGCCUCGUUCUUCUUCGUGGAGAUCGUUGUGGGCUAUGUGACCAACUCGAUGGCGCUGGUCGCAGACAGUUUUCACAUGCUGGGCGAUAUUGCUGCCCUGGUCAUAUCAUUCCUCUCAGUCAAGAUGUCACCCAAAAAGUGGUCGAAGAACACCUUUGGCUGGGCACGUGCUGAGGUGCUGGGUGCGCUCGUUAAUGCUGUAUUCCUAGUGGCGCUCUGUUUCAGCAUCACGAUCGAGGCAUGCAAAAGAUUCAUCGAGAAAGAACCAAUUCAUGAGCCACGUCUGCUGCUCAUUGUUGGCGUGCUGGGUCUGCUGGUCAACAUGAUUGGUCUUUGCCUGCUCUAUGAGCACGGUGGCCACCAUGGACACUCGCAUGGCGGUGGCUUGACGCGCAAUCACAGUCGCCUCACUGAGCUGGCGAACAUGGACGAAGGCGAUGACGAGCAGAACGAUUAUGCCUACGAGAAGCAGAAGGAGAAACAGCAGGUGAAAAAGUCUAGUCACGGUCACAGUCACGAUCCUGGCCAGAUGAAUAUGCGUGGCGCUUUUCUGCACGUGCUCAGCGAUGCUCUUGGCAGCGUUAUUGUUGUGGUCAGUGCGCUCGUUGUCUGGCUGAGCGACUGGGAAUAUCGUUUAUAUAUCGAUCCAGCGCUUUCCAUUGUGUUGGUUGCCCUCAUCUUGCACUCAGUGUGGCCGCUGCUGCGUGAAUCGGCUCUAAUUCUGCUGCAAACUGUGCCCACGCACAUCCAAGUGGAUGCCAUACAGAAGCGUCUGCUGGAGAAGGUCGACGGUGUGUUGGCUGUGCACGAAUUCCACGUCUGGCAAUUGGCUGGCGAUCGCAUCAUUGCCUCAGCACACAUACGCUGUCGCAACUUGUCGGAGUACAUGAAGAUUGCCGAGAAGGUGAAGGAGUUCUUCCACAACGAGGGCAUACACUCGACCACCAUACAGCCGGAGUUUAGCGAAAUCGAAGGCUGCAACAUGUCCGAUGGCACCUCCAGCAUUAACAUGAGUGGCUCCGAUUGCUGUGCCCUCGAUUGUCCCACCACGGAUGAGGGCUGUGUUAAAGCCACCUGCUGUCAGAAUAACAACAAAUUGAAUCCACUUCCUUCGCCCACAAAUUCACCGUAUCUGUGUCGUCAGCGCAAUGCGGCGCGUCAAUCUGGCGACGUUGAAGCUGGCUCCUUGCUGGAAGGAAGCGCUGCUGCCGCCGGCAAUCAAUCGCUGGGCAAUGGAGGAACUGGCUUAACGGCAGCAGCAGAGUCAACGCCACAGAACGAUAUAGUCUGACAACUGCCGCAGCAACAACAUCUAAGACAACAGCAGCAACAACAACAACAACAACUGUCGCCAGCACAACAACAGCAUCAGCAUCAAGUACACUUUGCCACCAACUCGAGCACAAGCACAAUAACAACAACAGCAUCAUCAUCAUCAGCAGCAGUUGCAGCAUCAGCAGCAGCAGCAGCGACAACAACAACCAGAACACGUGAUAUAUUGUACGAGCCAACUAACCAAGCAACUUCCAAAGCCAUCGCUGCCAACGAUGUCGUCAGUCUAUCCUUGACCGCCCAGCGACGACGCGAACUCCAGCUGCGCGCUGAGCUGCAGUGCCAGGAGCAGGUGAUGCUUAGUGGCGGCGCCUGCACACGCAACGGUGAUGAGGUGGCUCUCUAAAGCUUGCACUUUCGAGACGAUGGAGACUGUCCUCUGUUUUUUGUAGGAAAAUAGGAGGGGGUGAUUUUUAGCAGCAGCAACAGCAUAAAAUUGGAAAACAAAAAACUGUUUCUUUAGUAGAAUUUUACGGGACAUUUAAUUGUUGUGUUGUGGAGGCGGCAAGUGGCGGGUUCUCAACGUUUUGUUGUUGUUGGCAGGAAGAAAGUUUAGUUAAUAGCGUGCAUGCGUGCGUGUGUGUGUGUGUGAGUGCGUUUAUGUAUAUGUGACCAUGCUCCUGGCCCUGCCCCACCCAACCUCUAGGUGUUGUGUGUGUCCCCCCUUCUUUUUACACAACAGACACAACCAGCGCACCGUAUUUUAUAUUAUAAAUAAUAAUAAAUAUUAUAUUUUGUGCUAGUUUAAUUGAAAUCAAAAUGAUUAGACAUAAUAAUAAUAGCGUGCAGUUCAUAUAAAUUAUACGAUUAUAUGAGAUGUUAAUAGCAUUAACUAAACAACAACUUGAUAGUUAAUUCUUAGCGUUAAGUCCAAAAGCAACAAAAAAAAAACAAAAA